UCUUCCUUUUUUUUUAUUUUCUUUUUUUUUUUUAGAAUUUUCUUGAAUGAAUUUUGGAGUUUGAAAAUAUGGGGAUCAUAAAAAAGGUGUAAAGCAUAGUUCUUUGAAGUUUUCAGGGGAUUUUCUGUUUUAAACAUCUGAUUCUUGGUUGGUACUGUUAGGGUAAUGCGUUGUUUGGCUUAACUAAAACUAGAUAGAGGGGGAAUGAAAAUGAUGAUAGCUUGGUUGAAUCUUGUAAUUUUCCAAAUUAGUAGAAUUUUUCUCAUAAAGUUGGCUGCUCAAAACAUGUAAGGAUCCUCCUGUUUUGAGCAAAAGCUGGCUUUCUGAAACAUAAAUUCAUAACAUCUAUAAAUUGUUACCUUGUAAAAAAAGAACUAUCGGCCUCUGCUUUUUCUCAUACUUGUUAUGAUGAUAAGUUAAACCUUUUGAAGUUGUGAUUUUGGCAGUUAUUUCCUGAUUCAUGUGUAAAAUUUUGUUAUACCAAUUCCAAAUCCAAAAUUGUGUAUUGUCAUUUGAAUGGUUGAGCAUAUUCAGUUAUUGCUUGUCGAUUUUGGGGUUUAAUUGAAUAAGAAAAAGCAAGGGAAUAAAGUCUGGUCAAUUUUUUAAGAAAGCUUGAAGAAUGUAGUUUGGAAGACAGCUUGAAGAUUGUGCUUCUCUUCAUCCGCACUUAUUCUAGUUAUCUGAACCUGUGGUUUAAGUGUAAAUGCUUCAAACUUUUUAAGGUAGUUUAAAUUAUUGAACAGAUUUAAAUAAUGAAAAAGAAUGUUUGUUUCCACUGCUAUAUGGUGUAAAUACUGUAUUUUUUUUUGUUGCUUCUGUUUAGAGAGAUUCUGUGUUGUCUCUUUCUUGUAAAUAGCAGUAAGAAUGAAAGUGCGACAGUAUCCUUUAUCCUUCGAUUUCUAUCUACUUCAGUGUCUACUAUCGGUUAUAUUUCUCUUGCAAUUCAAGCUCAUAGUUUGUAACCAUAUAUGUGCCCUUAGUAUAUGAAGCACACAGUUAACAUACUGUGAUGACCUCUAAAUUGCUAGUUGCUUCUUAUUGCUUGUACUGAGAGCAUUGGCUGAGGGGGGCGAUUAUUUCCUAGUGGCUGUCUCUGGUGCUCAUGUAGUUGGUAACUCCAGUCUAGACGGUGGUAUAGUGUAUUAAAGUAGCAUAGAGGUUUUCUUAUAUUCAGUGUAAAGCUUCUGGAGCACGGGAUUCGAAGAGGAUGAUAAGCUUCUCCCAGAAAGGUGUCCGUGGAAAAGAAGGUCAAUCUUUCACUCCUUUGUUUGUGAAUUGUUCAUCUAUGUGGAGCUCGGGUGAACAAGCAGAAAAUUCUCCUUCUAAGAGUGUCCUGACUGGAGCGGAAUCUGCAUCGAAAUGUCACUCCAAUAUCAAGCAAUCAGAAUCUCAGUAUCAAGAUCAGGAUUCAACUUCUACUCUUUCAACUGGUCAAUCUGAUCACGUGGAGACUGCAAUGGCAAAAAGCAGUACUCUUCUGCAAAAUGUUGCGCUUUAUCCAGGUUGGGAUAGAAUUUAUGAGGUGCAAGGAGAGAGUGGAACAAAAGCAUCCCUAUCAGGCAAAAGUGCCACCAACACUCUUCCUCAACCGCAUGUGCACAUUAAUCAUCCAAUGGCUUGCGCAUCCUACCCUUGGGCUGACACUUACUUUGGAAGGCUCGUGGCUACUUAUGGAUCAAAUGCCAUUAUUUAUCCUCAAAUGGUUGGUGUCACCUCCACAAGAGUUGCACUUCCUCUUGAAUGCACUGAGAGCUUUCCCAUUUAUGUGAAUGCGAAACAAUACAGUGCUAUCCUCAAAAGACGUCAAGUCCGUGCCAAGCUGGAGGCUCAGAAUAAGCUUGUCAAAGACAGAAAGCCAUAUCUUCACGAGUCUCGACAUCGUCACGCAAUGAAGAGAGCUAGGGGUACUGGAGGGCGCUUUUUGAACACAAAGAAUAUGCAGCAAUCCAAGCCUUCAUCUCCAACACACGACAAAAGUAUUUUUAAGGGUACAGCAGGUGGCAACUUAACUAGAUCCAUGGUUCAGCACUCAGUAAGUGGUAGUUGGGGCACUUCCACCCAAUCUGGUUCCGAUGUUACGAGCAUCUUCAGUGGUGAUGACAUGUUCCAGCAGCCAGAGUUCAGAGUCUCUGGUUUCCCUUUUCACAUGCAGGAAGCUGCAGACUUCAUGCAUGUUGGAACUUGACAACACGUUGUGUUAUCCAUUGGUGGCGGUGCCAACACAGACUGCAUUACAAAAUGCAUUCUUAUUGGUUGCACUCAGAUGGAUAAUCGGCAGUUCAUCCUUGGCUAUGUUACUCUUUCAUUUUCCAGAACUGAAAUCAUUAACAGCACUUUUUUCUAAGGUUUGGUCGUCGAUAUGAUAUAUGUGGUUCAUGGUUUGUGAUGAAUAGAACGCAGGUUGGUUCUGCACGUCAUCAAGAAGGACAAUGAGAGGAGAAGUCAAACUAUUAGACUGUUCUUAAUCAGAAACUGUGGAGAUUUUGGCAGCCUUCUCCUUUUCUUGGUGGAGCUGCGAGUAGAUCAUGCCGCACUUCUAAGUCUCUACUUGCUACUGUUUUUCAUUUCCUGUUGCUUUGUAUUGCUCUCAUUGUUAGUACUUUUGACUUGGGCUUUGUGUGCAACAAUAUAAACUUAUUGAACCAUUUUCAUGCUUUGUACAUUUACUUCUGUGUUUGUGCAACAUCCAAUAUCUUCA